AUGCGCGAAUUUGAAAAUCGGAAAACUCCACAAGGUCUGCUGUAUCGAAAUUUGGACCACUUCGUUAACGCAGACGGAAAAUUCCUGUUUUGCAGAUACUGGUCACCACAAACUGCGCCCAGGGCUUUACUGAUGCUGAUACACAAUGCAGGUGACCACUCCGGCCGCUACACGGAACUUGUGUCGUUGUUUCUGAAGAAAUCCAUGUUUGUAUUUUCACAUGAUCACAUUGGCCAUGGACAGAGUGAAGGCGAUCGUCUGUGGGUGUCCGAUUUCAGAAUAUAUGUCCGAGAUUGUGUACAGCAUCUUGACAUGAUGAAGAGGCAGUUUCCCGCUCUAAGGAUUUACAUAUUCGCAGUUUCCAUGGGAGCAUUGGUUGCAACUUAUGUUUUUUACGACAGACCACUUGACAUCGCUGGGCUAAUUUUUAUUGCACCUUUGGUGUUAAUGAACCCCGAGUCAGCAACACGUGGCAAGAUGUUGUUUUCCAAAAUGGUGAACCACCUGCUGCCAAACGCUCCUCUGGGUUACAUUGAUCCCCAAGCAACAUCAAGAGAUGAAGCCCAGGUGGAAGACUACAUAAAUGACCCUCUCAACUGUCACGUGGCUGUCAGGGUGAGAUUCGCUUUUGAGGUGUUAACUGCACUGAGCAAAGUCGAGAAAGUAUUUCCCAUCAUCACAGUGCCAUUGCUGAUAUUACAUGGUGAAAAGGACAAAUUGUCUGAUGUCAGGGGGUCCUACAUUAUGUAUGGGAAAGUUGCCAGCACAGACAAGACAUUUAAGGUCUUCAAUGAUUGCUAUCAUGAGCUCCAAAACGAGUUGCCAGAAGUGGUUGCUGAAGUUAUGCUCUUGAUUGAUAAGUGGCUGGAGGCAAGAUUACCAAAAUAG